AUGAUCCAUCCACGUCCCUAUGUGUCUCGUCAUAAGUAAAUAUUCGCCAAGGGUCUCUGGGAUCCUGAGGCCCCGUUGGUGUCACUCAGAUAUAUUUAAAAAGCCCCCAAAACGUUCGAACAAUAUGGCCGGAUGUGACGUGUUAACCGGCAAGUCAUUCCUGGAUUUUCUGCAGCCAGACGAGUUAGGGACAUCUACAGUUCUAUUAGGAACUUACACCAGUCAUGGUCAGAGUCGAAGUACAACCGCCAUCCCAAGCACAGGCUGGAGCGGUUCUAUACCCGCCCCUCGUUGUAAGCUCCGCCAGCGAUGAUGCCUACGACUUUAUACAGAUCGCCCUAAUCGACCCAUACGGACGGGUACUCGAAGACCAACUCUAUGGCACAUUGACGAUGUCCGGCAGGGGUCUAGACGAUAGAUCUUCCUCUCGAAGCAGCAGAACGGAAUAUUUUGUGUUCCCCGACCUCAUUGUGAGCUAUGGCGGGACCUAUUCUCUACAAAUCAGUGCUAUCCGUAUGGACUACGGAUCCCCCGAGGGUGCUGCGGCCAUUAUUGCCGAGUCGACUAUGACAACCCAGAUUAUAGCCUACGACCAGAGCGUUGCCGCCGAGAUUCCUUCCUCUGAUGAGCAACAUCUCCUACGCAGAUUACGCCGCAAUGGCGGAUUUGGAGUCCCACGGGCCCCUAGGUAGUGCUAUAAACGGAACAUCGUAAGGCUAGGGAGAUAAUUACCUAUGUACCUAGCCACAGGUUCACGAGUGGGGAUUUAUACAAGGGGUUAUAGCAGACUGGUUCUAGUGAGCAAGAGUGAGGUCGUUAAGUGUACGGAUCAAUAUUUAUUAGCUUAGGCUACCUAUAAUUAAACAGCAC